AAGAACAAACUUUUUGAAUCUUAUUUCCGAAAGAAAGAGAGAAAAUGUCGUUUACAGGAACAUUGGAUAAAUGCAAGGCCUGUGACAAAACCGUGUACGUGAUGGAUUUGUUAACAUUAGAGGGUAACACUUAUCACAAAUCUUGUUUCAAAUGCAGCCAUUGCAAAGGCACUCUCGUGAUAAGCAAUUACUCAUCAAUGGAUGGAGUUCUUUAUUGUAAGCCACACUUCGAACAGCUUUUCAAAGAAUCUGGCAAUUACAGCAAGAAUUUUCAGGCGGGAAAGACCGAGAAGCCCAAUGAUCAUCUGACUCGAACUCCAAGCAAGUUAUCAUCAUUCUUCAGUGGAACACAAGACAAAUGUGCGACUUGUAAGAAAACGGUUUAUCCACUUGAGAAAGUAACAAUGGAAGGAGAAAGUUACCACAAGACUUGCUUCAGGUGCACUCACAGUGGUUGUCCUUUGACUCACUCUUCUUACGCUUCUCUUAAUGGCGUCCUCUACUGUAAAGUCCAUUUCAAUCAGCUCUUUCUCGAGAAAGGCAGUUACAAUCACGUCCACCAAGCCGCUGCUAACCACCGUCGAUCAGCCUCUUCUGGUGGCGCUUCUCCACCUUCUGAUGAUCACAAACCUGAAGACAGCGCCUCAAUUCCCGAGGGAAAAGAAGAUGAUGCUGUCCCUGAAGCUGCAGGAGAGGAGCCUGAGCCUGUGGUUGAGUCUUGAAUGUGGUGGAGGAACGAUCUUAUUAUCAGUUGUCAAGUUUGAAGUUUUAUAUGCUUUUACUGUUUAAAUGAAUAUAUAAAUACAAUUGUUGUUGUUUCUUCUUGUAAAUUCUUGUAAAGUUUAAAGCUCUUUUGGAGAGAAUAUGUUGUAAACAAAAUCUUUAUCAUCCA